GCCGUCGCCGACUCCAGGCAAUCGUCGGAACUCAUCCCCGAUCGCGAAUUCGACGAGGCAGAUGGCGCAAUCGGAGAAUUUGGCCGCGGUGUCGGUGGAGAAGGUCUGCUUGGGGAGGGCGCGGAGGAUCUUCUUCUUCACCCCCUUGUUGGCCUGCGAGGAGCUCGGGGCCGGCGGAUCUUUGCCGCCUUCCGCCGCGGCGGCGGAUCCGGAGGAGAAGCGGCGGAUCCAGGCGCAGCAGGCGACGGCGACGAGGCCCAGGACGCAAAUCAAGGCGCAAAGGAGCGCGGCCAGUAUGACGACGAAGUCGGAGUCCACCGGCGGAGCGGGUGGCUCGGAGGAGUCCCCGGCUGUCGUUGUCGGCGAGGAGCUCACCGAAUCCAACAGUCUGAAUGGACGAGUCAUGUGAAUGGAAUGGGGAGGAGCUGUAGAGAGAGAGAGGGGAAUGGGAAGAAGGAAAUGAAGGUUUAGAGAGAGAGGGGGAAUGGGG